AAUAUUCCACUCCCGAAUAAUACUGAUAGCAAAAUUAUCAUUAUUUAAUAUUCUGACUGUGCAAGUUGCGCACCAAUAGAAACCAACAGGCCAAACCGCGUUGAGUUUGGGUUGGGCAAAGAUUAGUCGAUUGUCUGCAGUUGCCCCAUCAACAACAACAACAAAAAUGCUCCAAGAGAACGGAACAACUGAACCUGCCGCCUUCCUGCAGCUCAGUGAGCUUGCCUCAGAAAGUAGCGGUGGUCGAAUCCUAUUUUCGACGGAUGACUUCUUCGCUCCGGCCGAGGGAAUGUUGAGGGAUGAGGAACCGAUCUUCAUCCCGGACAAGUACACCGAUUUUGGGAAGUGGAUGGACGGCUGGGAGACACGCCGCAAGCGGAUAGCCGGUCAUGAUUGGUGCAUCGUUCGGUUGGCCGCACCGACCGUCAUCAAGGGGAUCGUAGUGGAUACGGCACAUUUCACGGGCAAUUUCGCCCCCCGGAUGUCGAUCCAAGGCGCACGAAUUGACCCACGUCGGGAGCGACAGAUCGCGGUACGUCGUGAGGGCAGCAUUGGAACCGGCUGCGAUGGGUCCGAAAUGGAGGAAAAAAUCAAAAACUUCCAAUGGGAGGAGAUCGUGCAGAAUACUCCACUGAAGCCGGGUUACGACAAAACAAGAAAACAUUAUUUCGGCGUGGAUACCAACGAGAAUGUGUUUACCCAUUUGAGGGUAAAUAUUUACCCGGACGGAGGAAUUGCUAGACUGAGAGUUUACGGUGUGGUGCAACCGGAUCGUGAUUCGAUGGCUGACAGUGCAGAGCUGGUGGAUCUUAUCGCAAUGUUGAACGGAGGCCAGUGUUUGGAGUUCUCCAACGCACAUUACGGACAUCCGAGGAAUUUGAUCAAGCCGCAGAGGGGCGCCAACAUGGGUGAUGGGUGGGAAACCGCUCGAAGAAAUGACCGGCCAGCAAUCCUAACGACCGAUGAGCGGGGUAUUCUUAAGGUGCCCGGUUGCGAGUGGGCCGUUUUCAAGCUGGGUAUGAAGGGGACCGUCCGAAGGAUUGUAUUGGAUACGAACCAUUUCAAGGGAAACUUUCCGGAUAGUGUUAGAAUAGAAGCCGCUUUGCUGCGUGAGGAUCAAGAUCUGGAAGGAGCGAAGUGGACUGUUAUGUUAGAUAAUAGGAAACUGUCGGCGCACAAGGAACACAUCUAUGAGGAAGAUGAUUUGUUGGCCAAUGCACCAUGCACUCAUAUCAGGAUUACUAUAGCGCCAGAUGGUGGAAUCUCUAGGCUUAGAUUGUUUGGACGUUGUGAGAAGUAAAUACUGAUUAUGAACCACGAG